GGCUUUAAACAAAUUCGGUUCGCUUCUUGCACUUUGCUCUUCUCAAAUACCAACCCUCUUCCAGCCGUCCUAACACUACAUAUUCUCGUUACUCUAUCACUCGGAAAAGACAGCUUUCAAUGUCGGCAACAAAGGUCGCACAAAAGGUCGGAAAAAGCGAGGCGAGCAAUGGCCAGCAGGGCAUUCGCGAGUACCACCUUCACAAAAUCCAGGAGACGGAGCAGAAAAUUGUCGACAAGACACAGAACCUGCGCCGCCUGGAGGCCCAGCGCAAUGCACUAAACACGAAGGUUCGUCUGCUAAAGGACGAACUCAACCUGCUCCAGGAGCCAGGGUCGUCAGUGGCGGAGGUCGUGAAGGUCAUGGGCAAGAAGAAGGUGCUGGUCAAGGUUCAGCCCGAGGGCAAGCACGUGGUGGAUAUCGCAGAGGACAUUGACAUCACGAAGCUGACGCCGUCGACCCGCGUGGCACUGCAGUCUGAUACGUUCAAGCUGUACAAGAUCCUGCCCAACAAGAUCGACCCGCUGGUGAGCCUGAUGAUGGUCGAGAAGGUACCUGACUCGACAUACGACAUGAUCGGUGGACUUGACAAACAGAUCAAGGAGAUCAAGGAGGUUAUUGAGCUGCCGGUCAAGCACCCGGAGCUGUUUGAUGCGCUGGGUAUUGCACAGCCCAAGGGUGUGCUUCUGUACGGCCCGCCUGGUACAGGAAAGACGCUGCUGGCACGUGCAGUCGCCCACCACACUGACUGCCGGUUCAUCCGCGUGUCGGGGUCGGAGCUGGUGCAAAAGUACAUUGGCGAGGGUAGUCGCAUGGUGCGCGAGCUGUUUGUGAUGGCCCGCGAGCACGCGCCGUCCAUCAUCUUCAUGGACGAGAUUGACUCGAUUGGCUCGUCGCGCGGCGAGUCGGGUUCUGGCGGCGGCGACUCUGAGGUGCAGCGCACGAUGCUGGAGCUACUCAACCAGCUCGAUGGCUUUGAGCCGUCGCAGAGUAUCAAGGUCAUCAUGGCCACCAACCGUAUCGAUAUCCUGGACUCGGCGCUCCUGCGUCCGGGCCGUAUCGACCGUAAGAUCGAGUUCCCGCCUCCAAAUGAGGUUGCCCGUACCGACAUUCUGCGCAUCCACUCGCGCAAGAUGAACCUGACUCGCGGCAUCAACCUGCGCAAGAUUGCCGAGCGCAUGUCAGGAGCCAGCGGUGCUGAGGUCAAGGGCGUGUGUACCGAGGCUGGCAUGUACGCGCUGCGUGAGCGGCGUGUGCAUGUCACACAAGAGGACUUUGAGAUGGCUGUAUCCAAGAUCAUGAAGAAGGACUCGGAGCAGAACACGUCGCUGCAGAAGCUGUUCAAGUAG